GCAACAGCAGCAGCAGCAGCGACCGGCGCCAGCAAUGGCCAGCGACGUCGCGUGGCAGCUAGCGACAGCUGCAGCAAUUACAACAAUAAAAUCAACAAUACCGGCAGCAACAAAUUGAAGGCACAGCAAAUGCAUUCCAACGAGGAGCCGCCCAUGUCGGUGAUCGUGGACAGCGGCAACCAGCAACAGCAGCAACAGCAGCAGCAGAAGCUGCGUCGCAGCGCCAGCGCCAGCGGCAGCAGCGGCCAGCAGCGGCUGCGCAAGACUAGCUCGUGCAGUGCAAGUGCCAAGACCACGCCCACGCCGCACUCGCGACGCCCACAUCGACAGCACUCGAAUGCCUCCGAUUCAAUGCACAAACAGCAACAACAACAACAAUCACAACAACAGCAACAAUCACAGCAGCAACAGCAACAGCAGCAGCGUCGCUACCAGCAAUCGAGUCGCGCUGGCAGCAAGGAGCGCGGCUCGGAGACGGCGCGAAGGCGUGGCACGCGUCGUCACAGUGGCGCCUCCAUGCAGAGCGAGGCGGCGACGGCGACGGGAACGGAAAGGGCCACGGAAAGGGGACAGCGCAGCGGACAGCGAGCGCGUGGCACCAGCUCGGCGGCCAGCUCCUCGACCGCAUCCAGUUGCAAUGGCAGCUGCAGCUCCGACGAUGGCGACUCGACGCAUUCAUCCUCCUCGUCAUCCAGCUCGUCGGGCGAGCCGAAUCUGCCCUAUCCGGGCUUCCCGGAGAUUGCCAUGAAGGCCCUGACGCAGUACACGCGGCCGCGCAACUGGUGCCUGAUGCUCAUCACCAAUCCGUGGUUCGAGCGCAUCUCGAUUCUGGUCAUUUUGCUGAACUGCAUAACGUUGGGCAUGUAUCAGCCCUGUGUGGACGAUACCUGUCUGAAGCCGCGCUGCAAGAUACUGCAGAUCUUCGAUGACAUCAUCUUUGCAUUCUUCGCCCUGGAGAUGACCAUCAAAAUGGUGGCCAUGGGCAUGUGUGGCAAGAACACGUAUUUGGCGGACUCAUGGAAUCGACUGGACUUCUUCAUUGUGCUGGCCGGACUGCUCGAGUAUGUGAUGCAUGUGGAGAAUCUGAAUUUGACGGCGAUACGCACGAUCCGAGUGCUGCGGCCGCUGCGUGCCAUCAAUCGUAUACCCAGUAUGCGAAUUCUGGUCAUGCUGCUGCUGGACACCCUGCCCAUGCUGGGCAAUGUGCUGCUGCUCUGCUUCUUUGUGUUCUUCAUCUUCGGCAUCAUCGGGGUGCAGCUCUGGGAGGGCAUACUGAGGCAGCGCUGCACACUGGAACGACCCGACGGCAUGAUAUAUCCCAUAACGGGACUACCUGAAGUGUACAGAGUUCGAGUCCGUGUUAACUCCCUCUCGCAAUAUUAUGAGUUCUCGAAGGAUCAGGAUUAUAUAUGCUCCACGCCCGAGGAUUCGGGCAUGCAUCUGUGCGGCAAUUUUCCGCCAUAUCGCAUCGGCUCACUCGUUUGCAGCGAGGAGGCCAAACUGCUGGACCUGAAUGAACCAACGAACACGUCGUGCGUGAAUUGGAAUCAAUAUUACACGACCUGCAAGCAGAGCGGCGAGAAUCCCUUUCAGGGCACCAUAUCCUUUGACAACAUCGGCAUGGCCUGGGUGGCCAUAUUCCUGGUCAUCUCGCUGGAGGGCUGGACGGACAUUAUGUACUACGUGCAGGACGCGCACAGCUUCUGGGACUGGAUCUACUUCGUGCUGCUAAUUGUGAUUGGCUCGUUCUUCAUGAUCAACCUGUGCCUGGUCGUCAUCGCCACCCAGUUCUCGGAGACGAAGAAGCGCGAGAUGGAGCGAAUGCGCCAGGAGCGUGCCCGAUAUACGUCAACAUCGACGCUGGCGAGCAGCACCAACAACUCGGAGCCGGCCACGUGCUACGCGGAGAUUGUCAAAUACAUAGCCCAUCUGUGGCGCCGCUUCAAGAGACGAAUGUUAAAGAAGUACAGAUUAUAUAAGUAUCAGCGGCAGCAGCGUCGGGAGGGCCUGCUGCCCAAUGCGGACAAUCUGACCUUUUCGCCGUCGCGGAUCAAGUGCCACCAUCCGAACUGUCCCAAGUACAGUAGUCGCAAGCCGCCCAGCAUACAGGAUCAGAUGAUUACCGUAAUGGUGCCGCUCAACUCCAACAACAACAACAAUAGCCACAACAACAGCAACAACAACAGCAGCAGCAAUAAUGGCAGCGGCGGAGGCGGAUCAGGCGGCAAUCAUCACAGCCACAAUCACACCACCGUGGCCCUGGUUAACGGCAUCAACGGCAGCACCGCCAGCGUCUCCAUGACCCAGCAGCAGCUGACGGCGCCCAUUGCUGGUGCCGCAGGCGGAGCUGGUGGUGCAGCGACCCAGGCGCAGCUGUCGUCGUCGGACAACACGGAACAGUCACUGGGCGAGGGCAGCGCGGGUGCUUCGGGAGUGGCUCGUCGCAGCUCUUCGCUGAGGAAGCCCAACGCCCAACAUAGCCACAGCAUACAGCUCAAGCCGGAGAUGGCUGGCGGCGAGCAGAAGACAAUUCUGCUUAAGUUGCCGCAACAGGUCAUGGACUCGGAGCAAUUGAUCCUGCAGUUGGGAAAUUUAGGCAAGAGCCAUCCGUGCACCUCGGGCUUUCUUAGUCCGCCCACCUCGGCCAGCCGCCGGCCCUCGGUGAUGUUCAAUGAAUACGUGCUGCUGCAUACGCCGCCGGCGCUCAGCGGCGAACCGACGACUGCUGCUGCUGCUGCCACAACAGCAACAACAACAGCAACAACAUCAUCAGCAGCAGCAGCAGCAACUGCAGCAGCAACAACAGCUACGGCAGCAACCAGCAAUGGCAGCGGCAGCAGCAGCAUCCAACUUGCGGAGAAGGGCAACAUACACUGCACGGAGAAGAUGACACAGGCGGGCGAUGGCAGCAUCUGGCAGGUGAAUCUACCGCAGACCAUCGGCACCAUUGCCAAUCCCUACGCAGAUUGCUCUGAAUUGGGUAUACACGACGCGAUGACUUGUCAAGAGCUUUUAGCAUUCUCUGUGGCCUUUUCAGCGGCAUUGCCCACGGGUCAAAGCACGCUCGAAUCAUUUUACUCGUCGCUGGCCCGCUGCGAUCCCCAUACCGCCGAGGCGCUCAACAAGGUGCAGCAGAAGCGCGCCACAGCCGCAACGACGAGCGCUGCUGCAGCAGCUGCAGCUGCUGCUGGCGAUACCCUCGAUGCCAAUGCCGAUCUGCCGGCCGUGCCAGCUACUAUGAGCGUUGAGCUGGCGGCCGUCUCGGCGGCUGUCCCGCUGCCCAUGCCCGUGCCGCAGGCUGAGGCUCAGCUGCAGAGCCGACGCAAAGCGCAGCAUAUGCCGCACAACAACAACAACAACAACAGCAGCAGCAACAACAACAAGAACAACAAAAAUACCAGCCACAGUCGCAGCCAUGGCCAACGCAGCGCCGGCCAUGUGUCGCGCAGCCACGCCCCCACCGGCAACUAUAUGGAAGAUUAUGCCUGCUGCUACGAUCUGUACCAGAACGCGCUCUCGCCCCUCGACGAGCGACAGCGUCCGCGCUCGGGCGCCCUGCGCCUGAUCAUCGCCGUCUAUCGCUGCCUGAUGCGCGUCUGCAGCUGGAUACGGCGGUACAUUAAGCGUCUGGUGGAGCACAAGUACUUCCAGCAGGGGAUACUGCUGGCCAUAUUGAUCAAUACGCUGUCGAUGGGCAUCGAGUAUCACAAUCAGCCCGAGGAGCUAACGGCCAUUGUGGAGACCAGCAAUGUUGUCUUCUCCGGCAUCUUUGCCGUCGAAAUGCUGCUCAAGGUGGUUGCCGAGGGACCCUUUCGCUACAUAGCCAAUGGCUUUAAUGUCUUCGAUGGCAUCAUUGUCAUACUCAGCGCCAUUGAGAUUUGCCAAACAUUUGCGGGCAAUGGCACGGGCGGCGGCGGCUCCGGUUUGUCCGUGCUGCGCACCUUUCGGCUGCUCCGCAUCCUCAAGCUGGUCAGGUUUAUGCCCAAUCUGAGACGUCAAUUAUUUGUCAUGCUGCGCACCAUGGACAAUGUCGCCGUCUUUUUCUCCCUGCUCGUGCUCUUUAUAUUCAUAUUCAGCAUACUCGGCAUGUAUCUGUUUGGCGGUAAGUUUUGUAAAUUUUUGGACGAAUCCGGACUCGAACGCGAAUGCACGUGUCCCGAAAUAAUCAGCCGACAUCCGCAAUGUGAAUGCGAUCGCAAACACUUCAACAACAUUUUGUGGGCGACUGUCACAGUUUUUCAAAUUCUGACGCAAGAGGAUUGGAACGUGGUUCUAUUCAAUGGCAUGGAAAAGACAAGUCAUUGGGCCGCAUUGUACUUUGUGGCUCUAAUGACGUUCGGCAAUUAUGUGCUAUUUAAUUUAUUGGUGGCCAUUUUGGUUGAGGGAUUCAGUUCAGAGCGAAAUGAACGUCGCGAGCGCGAACAGCGCGAAUUGGUUAAGAAACUGCGCGAAGAGACAUUGGCCGAAAAUUAUAGCGAUGGUAUGUACGAUGAAUCACGCAGCGAAGCGGAUUCAUCGACCACUAACGAUAGUUACUACGAGGUACGCAAUCGCUGGCGCAGCGCCGAGGAUGUGCGCAAGCAACUACAAGACUCCGCCGAGCUCAGCAUCGAGACCAAGAGCAACAUCCACCGCCAGCGCCUGCUGCAGCCCAUCCAAGACUACCAAAUCAACGAGUUGCCCGCGCAGGGCGCCAGCGCCUCUGUGCUUGGCAACGCAGCUGCCGGCUCCGGGCUGCUCGCAACCGACAAGGAGGCCAGCGGCAAGUCGCACGAGGAGGCCAAGCCGCGCGGCGGCCUCAAAAAGACAUACUCGAUCAAGGAACGACGCAGCGAGGCGCCACGCCUAAACAAAAUGCGGCUCAUACGCGAUCCACCGCUCAUCACAACAACGGCGGCCACGCCCCAGGACUCACCGAGCACCACCAUGGAGCCGGGCAUGAGCUUCCGCCAAUGGGGCGAAAUGGAGCCAGUGCCGCCAUCGCCGUCGCUGCUGAAGCCGCCAAAUAUAUUCAGCGGAGGUCAGCGCACGCUGGACGAGGGAAUACCGGCCAUAGAUCUCAUACCGCCGUCGCCUGUGCUGGCGCACAAGCCGCUCAACAUACUCAAUGCCAGCCAGCUGCAGGGACAUGUCAGUCCUGUUGGCGGUGCAGGUGGUGCAAGUGGUGGUUCUCUGAGCAGCCUGCUGCCCAGCAGCAUGCACAGCGUCAUCAUCGAUGACAUCUCUAAGAAUUCCAGCACAACGGCAGCUGCCACGCCCAUCUAUGUGCCCAGCAUAUCAUCCACGGCGGCCACACUGCAGCCGCCGACGGAGAGUCACAGCCACAGCUUGAAUCUGUCGGAUCUGUCGCCGCUGACCGUGUCGCUGACGGGCUCGACAAGCUUGCCCAUGGGCGGAGCGGGCAGUGCUGCCUCCACGAGCGGCAGCUCAUCCAGCGAACGUCUGCCGCUGGCGCCGAUAAGCGGCAGCUUCCAGCAGCGCUUCCGACGCUCCAGCUCCAAGAAGCGUCCGACUACACUGCGACCCGACGACAACAUCAGCGCGCCCGACGACGAGCAGCAGCAGCUGAACAGCUCGGGUGCCGUUGAGUCCAGGCAGAGGGACACGAACCGGCUGAGUCCACAGAACUCGAUGCGCAGGCUCUCGAAUACGCUCAGCAUCGGCAGCGGCCCGGGCAGCCGGCGCGCCUCCGCCUGCAUCUUCAACUCGCAGGUCUAUCAGAAUCUGAGCCAGCCGCCCAAGCUAAGGCCCGGCGCCGGGCAGCGCCGCAUGAGCUCCAUCGAGCUGGCGUUCAGCAAGACAUCGCAUCUGAAUCUGCACAAUCUGGAGGCGAAUCGCAAGUCACUGUCGUACACAAACUCCAAGAUUGAUCUGGACAAAUGGCAAAGAUCCUAUUUGACGCUCAACGAGCCGGACAUGCUACAACAGUACAUGGAGGCGCGCGACAAGCGCAAGAACUCCAUCAGCCACUACAAUCUGAAGAAACGCCUCGAGGAGAAGGAGCUGCAACAGCUACAGCAGCUGCAUCAGCAGCAAAUGCAACAGCAGCAGCAGCAGCAACAGCUCGACACGCAGUCCCAUACGCAGCUAUCGCCGCAGCAGCUGGCCAAGGAGCUGCAACUGCUGUCGAUGCAACAACAACAUUCCAUGGUGCCCUGCGGUAGGGGGGAGCACGUCUCAAAGCUGCGGAUGAUCAUACAGCGUCUGACGCCCAAGCAGUUUACCGCCGAGCGUGAGUCCUACUCCAUGUAUGUCUUUCCGGAGGAUAACAGGUUCCGGCAGAUCUGCUCGUGGUUCGUGAACCAAAAGUGGUUCGACAAUGUCGUGCUGCUCUUCAUAGCCCUCAACUGCAUAACACUCGCCAUGGAAAGACCAAACAUCCCUCCAAGCAGCACCGAGAGAGUGUUCCUGGCAACGGCCAACUACGUGUUCACCGUCGUCUUCACUAUCGAAAUGUUCAUUAAGGUAGUUGCCACGGGCAUGUUUUAUGGCCCGGAUGCAUAUUUCACAUCCGGCUGGAAUAUAAUGGAUGGAUCUUUGGUUACAAUUUCGAUAAUUGAUUUGUUAAUGUCAUUGAUUAGCGAAUCGAGCCCGAGGAUAUUUGGGAUUUUAAGGGUGUUUCGUCUACUUCGUUCCCUACGGCCGCUGCGUGUGAUCAACCGAGCGCCGGGUCUGAAACUAGUCGUUCAAACGCUCUUAUCGUCCCUGCGUCCCAUUGGGAACAUCGUGCUGAUCUGUUGCACCUUCUUCAUCAUCUUUGGCAUUCUCGGCGUCCAGCUGUUCAAGGGCACCUUCUUUUACUGCGAGGGCGAGAACAUCAAGAACGUCCGGAAUGCGGACGAAUGCCGUCGCAUACCCGGCAACGUCUGGACGAAUCGCAAAUACAAUUUCGAUGAUCUUGGCAAGGCCCUGAUGUCGCUCUUUGUGCUCAGCUCCCGCGACGGCUGGGUGAACAUCAUGUAUACGGGCCUGGAUGCGGUUGGCGUUGACCAACAGCCGAUUGUCAACUACAACGAAUGGCGUCUACUCUACUUUAUAGCAUUCAUUUUGCUGGUCGGCUUCUUUGUGCUCAACAUGUUUGUGGGCGUUGUCGUUGAGAAUUUCCAUCGCUGUCGCGAGGAACAGGAGAAGGAGGAGAAAAUCCGACGCGCCGCCAAGCGUGCCCUGCAAAUGGAAAAGAAACGCAGGCGAAUGCACGAGCCACCCUACUAUACGAACUACUCACCGACCCGGAUGUUCGUGCACAAUGUGGUCACCUCGAAGUACUUUGAUCUGGCGAUCGCCGCCGUCAUCGGCCUGAAUGUGGUCACCAUGGCCAUGGAAUACUACAAGAUGCCGAUGGCCCUGCAAUAUGCGCUAAAGAUUUUCAACUAUUUCUUUACGGCCGUCUUUAUACUGGAGGCGAACAUGAAGCUGGUUGCGCUCGGCUGGCGUUUAUAUCUGAAGGAUCGCUGGAAUCAGCUGGACGUCGGCAUCGUGCUGCUCUCCAUUGUGGGCAUUGUGCUCGAGGAGCUGGAAACGAACAUAAUACCCAUAAAUCCAACCAUAAUCCGUGUGAUGCGCGUUUUGCGCAUUGCACGCGUCUUAAAGCUAUUAAAAAUGGCAAAGGGCAUACGGGCGCUAUUGGAUACCGUAAUGCAGGCCCUGCCGCAGGUGGGCAAUCUGGGUCUGCUCUUCUUUUUGCUAUUCUUCAUAUUCGCGGCGCUGGGCGUGGAGCUGUUCGGGCGACUCGAGUGCUCCGAUGAGAUACCCUGCCAGGGACUCGGCGAGCAUGCGCACUUCGCCAACUUCGGCAUGGCUUUCCUCACAUUGUUUCGCGUAGCGACUGGCGACAACUGGAACGGCAUCAUGAAGGACACGCUGAGGGAUAACUGCGAUGACGCGGCCGAUUGCGUGCGCAAUUGCUGCGUCAGCUCGUUUAUUGCUCCCAUAUUCUUUGUGAUAUUCGUUCUUAUGGCGCAAUUCGUUUUAGUGAACGUCGUCGUGGCUGUUUUGAUGAAACACCUCGAGGAGAGCCACAAGCAAAUGGAAGAUGAGCUCGAUAUGGAGGUGGAACUGGAGCGUGAGCUGGUCCGCGAACAGGAGUUCGCCCAGGAGCAGAAACUCUGCCAGCAGCUGGCGGAGGCGCAGGCCAAGCUAAUCGCACCGCCACGCCCAUUGGCCAAAGUCAAAUCGCUGCCCAAGAAUUUCAUCUAUAGCACACCAUCGCUGGAGAAGAAGUUCCCCAGCCCCAGUCUAACCGGCAGCUCGGCCACCAAUCUCAAUCAGAGCCAAUCCGGCGCCGGUGCACGUCGUCAGACCGUGCAAUAUUUCAAUCAACAGCAGCAGCAACAGCAGCAGCAGGCACUCGGCCUCAGUCUGGCCGAAAUGGGCGGCGCGCUGACGCCUCAGGCGCUGGGCGCACGGCUGGGCGAGCCCUUUGGCGGCGCUGUGACGGCAGCGGCAAUAACCGGCAACGAGCACGGCUUGCAACUGCCGCCACUGGGCCGCCGCGGGCGACGCGCCUCGGCCGCCGCCGGCUUCCGCAAGCGCGGCGUGCUGUCCAAGGAGCGCUCACUCGACGAGCAGGCCAUCAGGCGACGCAACCUGGAGGCGAAGCGCACCAGCUGCGAUUCGCUGCCCUGGGGCGGCGAUGCGCUCGACUAUCGUCGCGGCACCAUAUUCGAGAGCCUCGAGUCGGAUGGCGGCGGCAACAGUCCCUCCUCCAGCUAUGAUCUGGAUGUGCGCAGCAUACGCAGCGCUGAGCUGUCGCGUCCACGUGACGACGAUUUGCCGCUGGCCAUUCUUAGUGCGCCCACACCCACGCCCACAGCCACACCCCUGGCUAUUGUGAUGCCCACAACAACACCCACAGCCACGCCCACGCCCACAGCCACAGGCACACCCACCGUCACACAUCAGCAGCGACGCCCCUUCGGCUGGUCGCAGUCCGUGGAUCAGAGCUGCCUGCUGGGCGCCGGCGGACGCAGCAGCCUGCUGCUCUCGGUGCCGCGCUCCAUGCCGCCGCGCAGCCGCAGCGGCAGCACCAAGCAGCUCUUCAAGCAGCAGGCGCUCGACGAGGACGCCGACUUGGAUGAGAACUCGCUGCUGCUGCCGGCAAUGCCGCAGCCAGCCACAGCUGCAGCAGCUGCAACAGCUCAGCUGCCCAGCUCCGACAGCUGCCCAACAGCAGGCGGCAAAGGCAACGCCGACAGCGACGCCCACGGUGACGCCGACGUCAGCAUCGUCGACUGCCCGGCGAUCAGUAAAUCGGAUUCGGCGGACAUCAUGCGCAUCAUCAGCGAGCGGCGGCGCAUGGAUCAGCGGGAUCAGUGCGGCAACGAGGACAGCGACUACAACGAGCUGCUGCUCGUCAAAUCCCCCCAGUCCUCGACGGACUAAGCCUCUCUCUUUCUAACCCACACACACACACACUCUCUCUCUCCCUCUCACACAUACACACCUUGCUAUCAGGCUGGUUUCGUUCAUUUCCAUUCGUUUCACUUGCUGGAUUCUAACGAGUUCCGUAUGCUGAAAAUAAAAUUACUAAGCCAAGGCGCAUUUAAUCGAUAUCGAUAAACGAUAACAAUCGAAAGCGAAACGAGCCUGUUAGUCUACGUAAAUAAAUAUAUGUAUAGAUAUAUACAUAGAUGUAUCUACACCUCCUUGCAGCAGGCUAGUUUCGUUCGUUUCCAUUCGUUUCACUUGCUCAACUGUAACGAGUGUUUCAACGUUCCAAAGUUCCGCUGAAAACAAAAAUGCCAAGCUAAGGCGCAUUUAAUCGA